AUGACGCCGACACGCAAGGCGGUCCUGCUCACAUGCGCAGCACUGGCGCUGGUGCUGAGUGCGGCGCCGUCGGUGGAAGCGCGCAAAAAGAUGCUCAUCUACACCUACACGCAGGGCUUCCACCACUACUCGAUCCCCACCGCGACCAAAGCGGUACAGCAGCUUGCCAAAACAGCCAAUCCGCCCAUCGACACCGUACACUCGGACGACCCGAGCGACUUUGAAAAGGAUGGGUGGCUGUCGCAGUUCGACAUGCUCAUGUUCAUCUCGGUUUCGGGCAAGGCGCUUUCCGCGGACGGAGCCGAGGCCAUGCGAAAGUACAUCGAGGCGGGCGGAGGCUACAUGGGCGUACACGAGGCAUGCGAUGCGCUGUACGAGCAGCACUGGUAUGGACGACUGGUGGGUGCGUAUUUCAACUACCAUCCGCAGAUCACGCAUGCUACGCUCGACAUUGUCAACCGCACGCAUCCGUCGACGCAGCAUCUGAAUGCGACGUGGCGGGUGUACGACGAGAUGUACAACUUCAACUCGAACCCGUCCAAGUGGGGCAAGCAGUAUGUCAUCACGGCGGAUGAGUCGUCGUAUGCGGAUCCGGUCGAGACGGUCAAGCAGCGUGCGAGCGAGCAAGGUUCGCCACACCCGAUCGCGUGGUGGAAGGAGGGCGAUCAGCUCACCUACAACCCGCAUGUCAAGGUGGGAGGCGGGACCGACCCUACCAAGCAGGAGAUCCGAUCGGGCACAGCGGGGACGGGUGGAGAGGGGAGGAGCUUCUAUACGGCGCUGGGACAUACGAAUGCCAUGUGGAACGAUCCCGUCUUUCAACAGCACAUCAUGGGUGCAGUGUCGUGGCUCAUGGACUCGCCCGUGCUCAAGUCGUCGUCGGCCAACCCAGCGGCGGGCGCCGUGGGUUCGGAAUACGACCCUACCGCCGUACCCUCGAGCACGCCAACCGGCCCAAGCGCUUCCGCAGCAACCCUCGAUCCGUUUUCAACGCUCGUCUCCGGUACACCUGUGCCCUACUCCAAGUCGGCGCUCCAAAAGAACAGCGCCACGUCGUCGCUGGGUGCAUCGUCGCUAGCUGCCUGCAUCGCAGCUGUGCUGGCCUCGUUGUUGCCCACGCUCGCAUCGUUGUAG